UCCAGGUCUCGUGAUGGUGUUUUAAAAAUGAUAGUAGUCCCUGGUCUCAAUAUGCCCGUUCGAGUAACCCUGUGGAAAAUGUUUUGGGUGGAUCGUUUUCCGAUAGAGGGCGCUAGCUGAGGAAAAUACACACUAGCUCGUUCAAGUGCACAAAUCACACCUCCCAAAAUUGAUCACGAAUUCGACUAAGAUCAUCUUUGUGAGUCGUGCUUGUCAGGCCUUGGAAGGACGGAGACGUGUUGGCUGCUGCUGUUGUUGUUCGUCUCCUUUUCCUACACCACCACCAUCACCACUACCACCACCACCACCACCACCACCUUGUCCUCCUUUUACCUUUAGCAUUAAUUCUACACCUGUGGCUCUCCUCCUUAGUUCAACCUCAGCCAGCCAUCUUGGAACGCUUUUACUUGACCAAUAAUAAAUUGCGAAGAGAGAAUGCGGGUCCAACCUUGGGAAAGGACUGCGCGGCAACUGUUGUCACAUAUUUCAACGAGCAACUCGGAGGCUCGAGUGAAAUUAAAUUCGAGUGCAGUGUUCUCCUGAUUGAUUACCCACUUUUGCGGUGUGUCUGUCGGACCUGUCGGACCUGUCGGACGUGGCCUUUCAACUGCCAACAUGAAGAAAUUUGUCAACAUCAAGGGUGUCUUGGACAAUAUUAGACAGAGUGUCAACACCCCUUCUCCAACGGGGGUGGGAACCCCGGGUGGCCCAGUCAGGCUCGAGCAAGACAUCUGUGAAACCUUGUCUGCGGACAAGUUUAUGGUUGAAAACACCCUCCGCCAUGGCUUUCCCUUCAAACCGACUUGCAUGGCUUUUGAUCCCAUUCAGAAGCUUUUGGCCAUCGGUAAUCGCACUGGCUGUGUUCGUAUAUUUGGCCGACCCGGGAUCGACUACGAGAUCCAGCACGAAAGUGAUCGAGGUGGAGAUCCGCCACAAGUGAUGCAAGUGGAGUUCAUUAUCAAUCAAGGUCGGCUUUUGACGGCUUGCACGGAUAACUCGAUCAAUCUUUGGGAGUUCAAAACCAAGCAACCCGAAUUGUUGCAAACGCUCAAGCUCAACAAAGAACGACUGGUUCUCAUGCAACUCGAGUUCCAAGACAAAUGGUUGUAUUUUGCCACCGAGCGAGGCAACGUCAUGAUCAUUAACCUGGAGACGUUCACUCUCUCAGGAUAUCAAAUCAAUUGGAACAAGUGCAUGGGUCCUUUGGACAAAAACCACCCAGGAACGAUUGUUCACUUGAGCGUGAAUCCGGUGGAUACCAGUAAACUUCUCAUCGGGUUCGAAACCGGGCUCAUCUGUCUUUGGGAUUUGUCCGUUAAAAAGGCGGACCAAAGGUUCUGUCAUAAUCGGAGACUCCUGACCGCUUGCUGGCAUCUGGAAGGUCGCCAAUUUGUGGCCGGCUAUUCGGAUGGAUCACUUAUUACUUGGAGCGUCAAGGCCACCAACUCCAACGGGGGAAAGAGUGUUCAAUUCCCGCACAAGAAGAAGGACAAGGACACGAAUAAGAUGACCCCCUGUGGCCCCAUUGAAAAAGUGCUGUGGCGAGUGAAUCGUAAUGGAGGAGAGUAUUUUGUCUUCUCCGGAGGGCUUCCUUCGGAUGUGACGGGGGUGACCCCUUCCAUAACCAUAAUUCAAGGCAAAAACUCGGAGAUGGAUAUUGUCGAGAUGGAAAAUUCAGUGCUAGAUUUUCUGCUUGCCACAGAUUCGCCGUACAUGGCAGAUUACCAAGACCCUGAGGCUGUUAUUGUCAUGCUCUCCAAUGAUUUGGUGGCCUUGGAUUGCAAGAGUUCAAAAAUCCCUUGCUUCAAGAACCCAUACGCCAUGGAUUUCAACGAGUCCCCCGUGACCUUUUGCCAUUAUUUGGUGGAUUGCCCUGGCGACCUCAUUCCCAACUUGUACAUGGUAGGGAGCAAAGCCAAAAAAGAGGGCUCCUCUCGUGGAUUCUCUUCCGGUGAGUGGCCAAUCUCUGGGGGUGUGGAUACUGGAGCGGAAUCAUGUAGCUACAGUGAGUUAGUGGUGACAGGACACGCCGAUGGGAGUGUGCGAUUUUGGGAUUCUUCUUCCACGACUAUGCAAGCUCUGUAUCGAGUCAAAACGGCCAAGUACUUCGAGAGGACCAAGAAAGCUCAAGCUGACGGCGCCAUGGACGAGGAUCCGUAUCAAAUAUGUCACAUCAUUCUGAGCCCGACCACUCGGGAGCUGGCUGUGGCCGGCAUCAGUGGCCAGGUGCUGUUUUUCAGGUUCAAAAAGAAAGAAACCACCACCGAGACAAAAUCCAUGGACAUCCCCAUCGUGUACGAGGUGUCUUCAUCCCAAGGUCAGAGCAUGCGCGGAGGUGGAGGAGGGGGAGCAGAAAUUUCCUCCCCGGCCACCAAUCAGCAUUUUGAGUUCCCCACUCCCAAACCUUUACUUAACGUAGCGUCUCAAUCUGCCGCUUACACCGAUCCCGUGGACGGUUUCAAUUUUGAUAAACCCCAAUAUGAGUACUUCACCCCUUUACGCUUACGUGUAGGUGCUCAACGGAAAAAUCCUGGUUACCAUGCUGAGCUCAUUUGCAUGACCCCUUGGGUGAACAACGAGGCUCCAACCCCCAUUAGUUGUUUGACUCUGAGCUCCAAUUUUGGAUUGAUGGCCUACGGUAACGGCUCAGGGAUCGUUAUUGUAGAUGUGGUUCAAUUCCAAUGUCUCCUGAACAUGGGCACUGCAGAUCUGUAUGGGGCCCUGGACCCUUUCCAACGAAUGCCGAAGUCUCCCAAGUUCCCUGACAGUGGUCCUGAUAUUGUCAGAGUGGACCUGAGUAACUACAACCAGGUCGGAGAGCCCUCUGCCACCACUCCUAAUUCAUCCUUCAAGGAUCCAGUCGGGGGUAUGCCCUCUUCCCGAGCUGUGGACCGAGUCAAGACUCCAGAGACCAAGAAGCUACUUCAAAAGGCUGGAAGCUCGGCCGAUGACAGCAGCAUGUCAAAAUCUCAUAGCUCCUCAAUGAAUAGUCUCGACCAGAUGAUAACCAACGAAGGGGUCACUACGGUUGCCUUCGCCGACUCGUUCUCCUCCAAGAAUGACUUCACUUUCAAUAGUUGCCUCUAUGUGGGCACUUCAUUGGGCUCUCUGAUCGCUAUUAUCAUUAAUUUGCCUGAUCGGGGAGAUGCGAGGCUCUCCGAACCAGUGGUUGUUAGUCCCUCGGGUUCCCUCUACCGCCUGAGAGGCGCUGUACUGACCACAUGCUUUUUGGAUGCGAGCUCUUCGUCUUUGAAGGUGCGUGGUGAUGAAGCCCCUGAGAAUGUUCACAUACCAUCAAGACCAAACCACUCUGGCGGCAUUAGCAAUCAGGCCUCUUCCCCUCCCAUCGUCAACCAAGGCAGUCAAGAUGAAAGGGCCAGUCCAGGAGGGUCCAACUCCCCACAUUCUGGUGACCAGCAGAUCAUGAUAGUGUGCACGGAGAAAGGUGCUGCCUCAUAUGCUCUUCCCUCUCAGCGUCAAAUGUACCAACAAACGAUCAACGAAUCUUGUCCCGUGGUUUGCGCAAAGAUCAUCAACUUUGGAGGCUCCAAAUAUACACCGUGCUUGGUGGCAUACACUGCAGAUGGUUUCAUCAAGGCUUAUAGCCUUCCUUCAUUGCGCCCUAUGAUGGAUGUCUACUUUAUGGCCUUAUCUAGCGAACGCGUGAGACGGACCAUGAGUUUUUCCAACUAUGGCCACGGUAUGUACCUUUGCAACGCGACUGAAGUUCAAAAAUUCACCAUUAGCUCCGAGUUUGUUCGCCAACUCCCGGACAUGCAGGGCUCAGUGUUUCAAGAAGGGAUUCCGAUGCCCGAGCCACCCAAGCCGGGUUUUCUCAAAGGGCUGGGCCUCUUUGGCGGAACACCCAAACCAUUAGACAGGGAGGAACUGUUUGGAGAGACCGCUGGCAAAGCACCUUCUCAUGCUGCAACUGUGACAUUGGGUGCAAGCAUGCAAGCUGCUCAAUCCAAAGCCAUCAACACGUCAACCGAAGUGGGACGAGCUAGACAAGGCUUUGAGGAGCGAGGACAACGACUCAAUGAAUUGGAAGACCGCACGGAGGCCAUGGCCAACGAGGCUAAACAAUAUGCCUCCAACGCUCACACUUUGAUGUUGGCUGCCAAAAAUAAGAAAUGGUAUCAGCUCUAAAUGCCUCCUCUUCUACAUGCCCAUGACACCAUCUGACUGGAUCAGAACAGAGUUUGUGCUGCCCCUAGCGACACCUCACUCGGAAAUAUCGAUAGCGCUCCCAUAUGCAGACCAACACAGCUUCAAAUAGAAAAAAAUCAUCUCCCGUUGCAUUCACCCUUAAAUCUCCUAUAGCCCGCUCCAUCCCGCCUCUCCUAGCCCAGUCCCCGUUCCUAUUCUUCCCGCCCGCUAUUUCUCCACCCAUUAAUUAUGGGACAUCCUAUUUCCUAUUCAAUUUUACUAUCGCUCUCCCUCUCUGUUCGUAUAGACGGUAUACGACUUCGCCCCCAUAAUAAGUUCCGAUUGAUCUGAAUCCUAAAAUCGCGAGUCUCCUUCCAAUAGGACCCCCCUCUACACGUUGUCGACGUGUCUCGAAGCCUGACUUUUCUCUUCUUUUGUGUAUGUGAAUGACUCUUCGAGCUUUGGUGCCUGUUCCAAAGCAUGGAAUAUAUGGAACUUUUGGUUGGCGGUGACAGUGACGGCAUUCCUGUUGCUCUUAGGCUUCCAUUGGGCUGAUGUUAAUAGCGUUAGUGGCCUUCGAUGCUUACCGAGACCAACAACAACCACCGACAAUAAAUGCAAAGGUCCUCCUCCUUCCUCUGCGUGUGUGAGGUCCUCCAUUCAAAUAUAGUGAUACCGGAGUAGGGGUGUGAGGAGGUGUGUGCGGCUACGCGAAGGAAUUUGAGGAGAAUCAAGCCAAGAAACAAAAGCUGGAGGAAUAUUGGUUAAAGCUCUUAGGAAUUAGUGGUGAAAGUAAAAUGAAGUGGCCGCUCAAACCACGGCCUUCAAUCUGGCUUUCGAAAAGUAAAUACCUCGCCGCAUCCACUCUUCCCUCCUCUUGGGGCUCAUCCAGAGAAGACAUGGCCAUAUCUUGGCGAAGGAGACAACCAGUCCCCGUUGCAUGGGAGAAGAAAUUGAAGGCUGCAGCAAACACAUCUGGCACUUGGCUCUCUGCCAUAUCCGUUCUCAGGAGUUCCAUACUUCUUCUUGUUCUCUACUUCCUCCUAGUUAGUCAAAAAGGACGGCAUAGAGGGAACUGGAGGGAACGGAGGAGAAGAGAUCUCUUGAAAAACAAGGAGCAGGCAAGAGACAACUGGUACAAAAACAAGAGUGCCUUUUUAGAUUGAAUCCAAGGAAGACAAGCGAGAAGAAAUCAUUUCGUCGAGUCUUCAACUAUCCCUUUGGCAGGAAAAUGCUCUUCCUUCUCAGCUUUGACGGCCAGCUUCCUUUCAGGAUCGAGUACACCCGAGUCCUUGGCCUUGGUUGGCUCGACUCGAUCUACUGCUCUUGUCUUGCCAACCAAAGCGAGAAGGAGGACGAGGAGAAGAACAUUGAGAGGAUCCAAAAUACGAGACAACCAGCUUAAGUGAAUGAAAAUAUUCGUUCCACUCUAGCUCUCUCGCCAUGUGUCUUGUUUUGUUGAGCUACUUCUACUUCUACCACCAUCACCACUAUUUCUACUACUCGAGGACAAGAACCACAACAGCGAGAAAGAGAAGACUGGGAAAUCGAAAGGAACCCGGAGAGAGAAAAAAAGAGCUUGGGAACACGUACAAGAACAGGAAGUUCCGUAUUCUACCAAUUACCGAUACUCUCCAAAACAAGUAGGCGAAGGAGUGCCGCAGAGAGCCUUGGCUGCUGAUGGGAUUGUCUUCAAAGAGAAGAAGGCAUAAACAUGCAUCAUUUAGCUGUCCCAAUUCUUCCACAUCUAGUUUGGCUAGAGAGGUAGGUAGACCUUCUCCCUAGACCCAAAGUAGCUCACGUUCCCUCAACAAAAAUAAUUGCAUUUAUAACACGAGAGUAUUUUCGGUUCUCACCACAAUUGGAGCGGAAAAGAACAAGAGUUUCACUACAACUUGAAAAAUGUUUCAAUCCACAUUUGUCAAAUCCCACCAUCAACCCAGAUCAAGGUGACGAGGAUACUGUAUCCUCGAAAAGAAGAGAACUCGCCCAUGACGAAAAGAAAGACAUUUCAACACGACCCACAACAGAUUGGAAUAAGACCGCCUACUCUCUAGACCGUGACAUUCGCCGACCUGACGCUUUGAUAUCCAAAUCACAUUCCCAAAACUUAUUAUUCCUUGCUUGUAAACCGAAAGACCCUGGGGAUUUUAGGUCAUGACCUAGCCAAAUAAUUUUCAAAUAAGAAGAUUUUAUUUUGCCCAAGACACCCAACUCCAGUGUACAGUAAUGGACAUGGAAGUUAAGUAAUAGAUGUAAUUGGUGUGACUUACGCCAGAGCAGAGACAUGCAUAGUUACAAACAAAAAUUCCCUUUGAAAGAUGGCAAAGAAAUUGUUUAGACUUACUUUUUUAUGAUGAUCUUUUUGCGGAAACAAUGAUUCCCUUCUGUUUUGUCAAACAUAAGUCUUUUUAUCAGGUUGUUUUAUUCCCAUGACAGGGCGAUAAUCCAUUUAUCUACAACUUCGUCAUAAUUUAAUGCUAAUGGUUUCUUCUAUUAUAAUUAAUCCAACUACUGGCAAACAUUUUGCAAUCAAACCUUCUUUAAAAAACAUGCAUAGAUAUGUACUUAAAUUAAUUAUGAUUAACAUUAUCGCUCGCGUUAUUACUAUCAUAAUUGUUGUUAUUAUAUUGGAAAUGAGAUGAAAUAAAAGAUGAUUGCUGUUGUCAAA